UAACUCGCCGACGCAGCACACCAUCUAGUCAGCUCUAGAAAGUGUGUUUGGCCCUUCUGAAAGAGGGUGUCCACCCCCCCACCCGUUCCCCCACUCAAUUUGCGUGUAGUGGCAGAAGUGGCCCCGUCUAGUGGCGUCCGGUGGAUUUUGGAUUUUUUUUCCCCCGGUUUGGAAAAAUGGAAAAUUGGACCGUUCAAAGGGUGAUCAAGUGUCGACUAAAAAAGGAAAAGCGUCGGCUCGGCUCGAUUCGUGCUGGAUAAGGAAGAAGGGUUUUUUUUUUGUCGGGAAGUGGUGUUGGAAAAGGAAAAUUCUUUCGGCUGCAUUUUCCGAGGAUUACGUGAUUCUAUCGAUAGUUCCUGUGUGAGAAACGCUGACAGGCAGCAAAAACUGUGAAUACAUUUCGGUGCAAGUAGGCGCAAAAGGUGCUAUUUUUCACAGUUAAUGAGCAAGCAGAAUUUACGCCAGUAAAACCGAGGAAAAACACAAAUUUGGAUAAACGAAUUCCAGUGUCGAAAAACAACAAAAAAAAGGUUGAAGAAGAAAAAUGUGUAAUACUAGUGAGUGAAAAUUAGAACCUAUUCUUUACUCUCAGUGUGUGCGAGAAUCCCGCAGCGUGAGCGAAGCUCUCACGCUCACUCACGACCGUCACUCGCGUGAGAAUCUCGCAAACGCACACACAAGAUGGCGCCCAAAGCGUGCCGCGGAGAAGCGGAGCCUACUACGACCACCACCACGACAACAACAACAACAUCGUCGUCGUUGACAAGCACGAGCAGCUUCGUGCGGAGUAGGAGGAAAGCUACGUCACUGUCCUACCCCUCGUCCUCGACGACCUCCGCCAGCGCCCGGAAUAGCCGUAAUAACAAUCGCCAUAAUCGUUACGUCGAUAACUGUCAGACUGCCAACGACGACGACGACGACGACGCCGAAUUCGGCAGUGCUGCCAGCCGACGGCGGCGUCACCACGGUUACCGCCAUCCGUCGAAUCUUAUGAACAAAAUGAUCCUGUUGACCGCGUUGGCGGUGAGCUGUCUGCUACUGCCGGGCGAUGCGUUCGUCCUGGACGGGUCGCAGAACAGCUUUGCCCAGUUCCGGAAGUGGUACACCGGCCUGAACGGGACGCUCGAGCUGGAGUUCAAGACGGAACAGCCCAACGGGUUGGUUCUGUACACGGACGACGGGGGGACGUAUGACUUCUUCGAGCUGAAGCUCGUCGAGGGGGCGCUCCGGCUGCGGUACAACCUGGGCGGCGGCGCCCAAAUUAUCACCGUCGGCCGGGAUCUGCACGACGGGCACUGGCACAAAGUGCAGGUCCUCCGCAACGACGAGCACACCACCCUGACGGUGGACGGGGUCUCCCAGAGCCGGACGUCCCGAGGGAAGGAGUUCCUGUUUGGCAAGUUUGCGACCAACUCGGACGUGUUCGUCGGUGGCAUGCCCAACUGGUACAACUCAAAGCUCGCCCUGCUAGCGCUGCCAAGUGUGAUCUUCGAGCCCCGAUUCCGCGGCUCGGUACGCAACCUGGUCUACUCGGACCAGCCCGGGGUGUCCCCGCGGAGGCAGGAGAUGCGCCAGCCCCGGGACAUUAAGUGUGGAGACUCACCAUGUGAUUUGACGGCCAUUCCACGGGAAAAGGUGACACGGGGACUACGCAGCAACGUUACGGACGCCUGCGAGCGACAUGAUCCUUGUCAGCACGGCGGCAUCUGCAUAUCGACCGAUUCCGGACCGAUCUGCGAGUGUCGCAAUCUCGAGUACGAGGGACCCUACUGCGAACGGGAUAAAGCCCCCUCGGAGGCCACGUUCCGAGGCACGGAGUUCCUGUCGUACGACCUGGGCCAGACGGGGGGCGAGCCGAUCGUGAGCGCGCAGGACGCCAUCACGCUCUACUUCCGGACGCGCCAACCGAACGGGCUGCUCUUCUACACCGGCCACGGCACCGACUACCUGAAUCUGGCCCUGCGCGACGGGGGCGUCUCGCUCACGAUGGGACUGUCCAACGGCAAGCAGGAGAUGCACAUCAAGCCGGCCCGCGUCCGCUUCGACGACCACCAGUGGCACAAGGUUACGGUCCACCGGCGGAUACAGGAGCAGAUCUCAUCGAUAACCAGCUUCUGCCGGCUGGUCGCCGUAGUGGACGACGUUUACACCGACCAUUCGCACAUCGCCGGCAAAUUCACCAUGCUGUCCUCGUCCCGGGUCUACGUGGGCGGGGCGGUCAACCCGCGUGCUCUGCUGGGCGCCCGGGUGCACAACAACUUUGUCGGCUGCCUCCGAAAGGUGGAAUUCUCCGCAGACACUCUCCGGCUGAACCUGAUCGACCUGGCCCGAACCGGUUCCAAGCUGAUCCAGGUGGCCGGCCGGGUCGACUACCAGUGUCCCAGCGGCGACCCCCAGGAUCCGGUGACGUUUACGACGCGCGAGUCGUACCUGCUCCUUCCACCGUGGGACGUCUCGAAGCAGGGCAUGCUGUCCUUCAAGUUCCGCACAAACGAACCGAACGGAUUGAUCAUCCUGAACACUGUGGUGCGACAGCCAAGGCCCGACUUCUUCGCGGUUGAGCUGCUGAACGGCCACAUCUACAUCCACAUGGACCUGGGCUCGGGCGCGGUCAAGGUGCGGGCCUCGCGGCGCCGCGUCGACGAUGGCGUGUGGCACGAGCUGUCGCUGCGGCGGAACGGUCGCGACGGCAAGGUCGGCGUCGACGGCCAGUGGAACGACUUCCGAACGCCCGGUGAUUCGACCCAGCUGGAGCUGGACAGCCCGAUGUACGUGGGCGGAAUUGGGCCACCGUACGCCGACGUGGUCAUUCCGCCGGCCAUCUGGACGGCCACGCUGCGGCAGGGCUUCGUCGGAUGUCUGCGGGACCUGGUGCUGAGUGGGAAACCGGUGGACAUUGCGGCGUACGCGCGGCAGCAGGAUUCGGGUGCGAUCAAACCGUCCUGCCACGUGGUGGCCAACCAGUGCGGAGGUGCGGUGUCUCCCUGUCAGAAUGGUGGCCAGUGUACCGAGGGCUGGAACCGGCCACUUUGUGAUUGUUCGGCGACGUUGUUUACGGGUCCAACGUGCGGUCGCGAAUCGGCAACACUGGCCUUCAACGGAUCGCAGCACAUGGCCAUAUGGAUUGGCGGAACGCUGGGAACGCGAACCCAAACGGAGGAGUUGGUGAUCCGGUUCAAGACAUCGCGACCGGCCGGGUUGCUCCUGUUGACCAGUGCCGAGUCCAGUUCAUCGGAUCGGCUCGAAAUCGGCCUGGUUGCGGGCCGAGUCCGGGCCAACGUAAGACUUGGGGAACGUGAGAAGAACCUACUGGCCGGUCAGGGUGUCCUAAAUGACAACAACUGGCACACGGUGAGGUUCUCCCGACGGGCGUCCAAUCUGCGACUGCAAGUUGACGGGGCCGCACCCGUCAGGGGUAUGUUAUCCGAAGCCAUCCUGGGACGGCACAGCACGCUGGAGGUCAAAUCGCUGCACCUGGGCGGGCUGUUCCACGCCGAGGAGGAGAUCCAGAUGACGGCCGCCAUGCCCAACUUUGUCGGCCAGCUGCAGGGCUUCGUGUACAACGGGCACCGCUACAUUGACCUCGUCAAGACGCUCGGACCGGAGCUGUCCGCCUUGCCGACUACGACGUUCAAGCUGACGGCCCGCUUUGUCAACUCCCCACCGGGAUCUCCGUACUUGCCGGCCACCUUCCGGUCGAAGCACUCGUACGUGGGUCUCCCCAUGCUCAAGGCGUACUCGUCCGUGUUCAUCGACUUCCGCUUCAAGACUCUGGAGCCUAACGGCUUGCUGUUCUACAACGGUGGCAAGCGGUCGGACUUCCUGGCGGUUGAACUGGUCAACGGGCACAUUCACUACGUGUUUGACGUCGGCGAUGGACCGAUUACGGUGCGGGACAAGGCCCGGAUCCACAUGAACGACAACCGGUGGCACUCGGUCAGCAUCCGUAGGCCAGGACCGAAGACGCACACGCUGGCGGUGGACGAGUCCAUCGAGAUCUACACGGCCAGCGGGAACAACAUGCACCUGGAGCUGGAGGGGAUCCUGUACGUCGGCGGUGUCUUCAAGGACAUGUACACCCGGCUACCGUCCAGCAUUGCGUCCCGCUCCGGCUUCGAGGGUUGCAUGGCCUCGGUUGACCUCGCGGACAGUUCCCCGAGCCUCACGGAGGACGCCGUCGUUCCGAGCUCGCUGGUCGUGUCCGGCUGCGAAGGACCCACCAAGUGUAGCCAGAACGCGUGCGCCAACCGGGGAAUCUGCGUCCAGCAGUGGAACGCGUACGCCUGCGAGUGCGACAUGACUUCGUUCACCGGGCCAACCUGUUACGAUGAAUCCAUCUCGUACGAGUUCGGCAAUAACAAGGGCCUAAUCCAGUACACGUUCCCGCCGGGUCGCCAACCGGACACCGAAGAGGACAACAUCGCACUGGGCUUCGUAACGACUAAGUCGGACGCCGUCCUGCUACGGGUCGAAAGCUCAACCACCCAGGACUACAUCGAAAUGGAGAUUGUCGAAGGCAAUGUGUUCAUCGUGUACAACGUCGGCUCGCACGAUCUCCCGCUCGGCGAGAUCGGCGUCAAAGUCAGUGACAAUAACUACCACAUCGUGCGCUUCACCCGAUCCGGAGCGAACGCAACGCUCCAGAUCGACGACUACAACGUCCAAACGCUGUUCCCGUCCGGCCACCAGUCGACGAUCUUCACCUCGAUGGCCAACAUCCAGGUCGGCGGGAAGAUCGCCCGUAACGGGCGGGCCCGCAUCGAGCGGCCGUUCGCGGGCGUCAUCGCCGGCCUGUCCGUGAACCGGCUCCGGGUGCUGGACCUGGCGGCGGAGCGCGACCCCCACAUCAACGUGCGCGGUGAUGUGCAAUUGGUAACUGGCGUUUUAGAUAGAAAUGACCAAAGAAUGCAGCAGAACUCUUCGGACCCGUUCAAGACUCCGGCCAGCGGCUACCCGGGAGUGAUGGACGACCUGAUCUUCAGCGGAGCGGGUUCCGGGUGCCGCGGGGACGACGAGGACGAGUGUACGCCACCGUUCGAGAACGGGAGCGGCGAUGACCUGAUUACGCCGGUGUACGUGCCACCGACGAAGCAGACGACGCCGGCGGCUGGCCAAGGCCAAGGUGGUCGAGGUCGGAAGAAGGACGAGGGCAAGCUGUGCGACGACGAGGACUGCAUGCACGGGUCCGGGUCGGGCGAGGUGACCGAGGUGUUUACUUCCUCGACGGCCAAGGUUUCCGAAACGAGUCCGGAUGUAACGUACACCACGCUCGAUAUGGACCGGAAGACGGAAGGCACGACAACGCUGACAACGCAAGGUCGGUCGGAGACUUAUGCACCGAGUGAGACAACACGGGAAAUGGACACGACAAGCAGUGGAACGACGGGAUACGGUGGAGGAGUUGGAGGUGGAAGCAGUAGCAGUACUGGUAGUAGUAGUAGCGGAACAAGCUACGGGACGACCGUUUCGAUGGGAACUACGGGAACUACGUCGGGUGGGACGUCCAGCAGUGGAACGACGAGUGGUCGAACGACGUACACUUCGGGAACCACGGGAAGUUCGAGUACGUACGGAUCAACGACGCAACAGCAGACCCCGUCGGAAACAACGGUCAGUUUCCGGGAUCGUGAUCGAGACCACGUACGCGAGACAACUCCAACGACCACGGAAGAGGACGACGAUCACAUCGAGGUUCGACGACCGGAUUCAGGUGAAGAGCCCGAGCCAGAGCACAAGCCACCUCCAGGUCGACGGCCGCCCCCGGUCAAGGUGGUGGAACCUCCUAACCCGGAACCGGAGCCACCGUUCAAUGCCCACCCGCCGGGAUACCCUCCGACGCGAUCGCCCAAGCACAAGGGAGGUCGCAUCAACUCGGAAGCUGAGGAACGUACGGCCAUGAUCAUCGGCAUCGUAGCAGGAGCGCUGAUCGCGGUCAUCCUGGUGAUCCUAUUGGUGCUGUGGAUCAAGUCGAACGGCGAUCGGUCCUACAAGACCGAGCACGAUAAGAGUGGCCUGUACGGGCAGGGUCCGAGUGCGGCCUUGCUGGGCGGAUCGCACGGCAAUGCCCACAACUCCCAUUACAACACCCACCAGCAGCAACAUCCGCCGUCGCAUCAACAACCGGCGCAACAUCAGCAACCUCCCCACUACAACGGCAACGGAGGUUCCGGCGGUGGACAUCACACGAACGGUGGCAGCACAUUGCCGCUCAACGGCUCGUUACGUCACCACCAUAACGGUGGUAACGGAAUGGGCGGUGGCGGCAUGGGCAUGGGCGGCGGCUACAACGGGAGUGACCGGGGCAGCAUGCAAUCCGGCGGAGGCGGAGGUGGCGGCGGAGGAGGUGGAGGUGGGGGCGGAGGAGGCGGCGGUGGCCAACCACAAAAGACGAAAAAUCGAAACUCGAAAGACAUCAAAGAGUGGUACGUCUAAAUCCACGUAACGUCACGUAACGCCACGAUCACGAUCAUUCGCACACAUUCAAGACACGAUCACACUCACGAACGCGAGCGCGACGCCAUCAGAGACGUUAUAUUUGUAAACACACACUGUAUUGCCACUACUACAACUACUACUACUACUACUACUACUACCAAUACUAACAAGCAUAACGGAUGAAAACGACACUAAUACACACAAAUACGGAACGCGCGAAAAACAGCCGCCAGACUUGUUUAUACCUAUCAUUGAGAUUAAUUACUCAUAUUAAUCAAUAAAAUGAAGAUUGUGAUGAAACUGCAACCACUAUUUCAUAAGAGACACGCAAACUCACACACUAACACACACACACCCCCUCUGACAGCCAGAACAAUGGAAAUCCUUCAACUAGAUCGUAAGCGAAAACAAAACUUGUAAAUAGAAAACAGACACAAAAACACAAAAGGAGAGUUACAAAAUGCUCGCAUAAUUGAGAGAAGAAGAAAAAAAAGGAAAAGUAUAUUAGAAUAAACAAUGCGCGGGAAACGAUGUGAGGAACAGUGAAGCAAAACAAAACAAUGGCAGGCGGUGACGUGCAAACAAAGGUGCAAUUUAAACCCAACACAAAACAAACACACACACACACACAGUUUUAUCGACUUGUUAAGAAACACAAAUAUGUGAACGAUUUUUUUAGAUUUCUACUUGCUGCGCUAGAAAAAAAAUUGUUGAAUGAUGCUGUGUUGCCAGCAUCGUACGGUUUUGGUUAUCGCGCGGUCCCUCCAAAGGUAAACAAAAAUAUGUUAUUGAAGGUUGUUUAUAAAGGCUUAGUGUUUUUUUUUUUGCGAAUUUUUAGUAAAACAGCAAAAAAUAACAGAGUGGAUUAACUUACUUUAGUGGAACAAUUUACACCUGUCGAAAGCACAUAAUUCGCAAGGUUUUUGGAUUCUAUAAGGUAUGACAGCUGUCAAAAUAUUUUUAGCACGAAAAUUUGAUUUUGAAGUGAAAUUUUCAGAAAAGUGAAAAUUGUGACUGCAAAAAAAAGCCAAACAAAUUUUCCCGCAAGUUCAAUAAGAAGUGAGCAAGCAAGUUUCUAUCAAAAGUUUUGCAUAAUUAGUUGUUUAAAUAGUGAAAUUCAGCAAAUUGGAUGGAGGAAGGAGCGAGUGCUUAACCUGUCCAACAUACGAAAAUUUCCCCUAAUUUUGACUUCGUAUUUUUAGCAGCAUAUUUCGUGAAAAGCAUGUUCUCGGAAAUCAUCGAAAAAUUAGAUGUACGAGUUUACAAAGGUGAAAUUCAAUUUAGCAAAUCCUCUCUGUAUUUUUUAAAUCGGGCAGAUGUAUUUUUUUUCUCAGAUCUACAAAUAAAAAGUGAACGUUAAAUUGAAAUGCAAAGUCACACGGAACUAUGCAAACAAUUUCUUUUUUUUUUGCAAAUAAAAAAAAUAAUCAUUUUACAAGAUUUAACAUUUAUUUUACUGAUGAAAACAUUGAAACAAAUUAAGAUUUAUUUUUUUACCUGAAUGCUUUUAAUUUUCAAAACACACAAAAACACUUCCAACGUUGUUACAAAAAAAAGAAAAAGAAAAUAUAUCGUUAAUGCAUUGCCAUGCAGUUAAGCCAUUUUUCAAAACUCCUUCCCCGUUGGCAUUUUAUUGCACGAAGAGUUACCAAAGCCAUUUAUACGCUUUAGUUAAAUAUUGAUAGUUUAAAAAAAACACACCCACACAAACACUGUUGAAAGCAAAAACCGCCAUUAAAGAACACAAACAGAAAAAUGUUUGAGCGAAAGUGAGUGAGUGGAACAGAUGAAUUAAUGCAACAACAAAAAAGUGACACCCUCUUAAACUCUUCGAUUCCGCAUUGAGAGGUAAAUCAUUAAGAAAAUAAAGGUGACAUUAAAAAUAGCAAAUUGUUUUUCUGCACAAAUUCAAAACUAAUGUCUAAGAAAAUAAGAGAAUGAAGAAAGUGGAAAACGAACGAAGUUCUCGAUAUCUUAAAGAUUCCAAUUCCAAUAACAAGCAAAUUCUGCAAAAUGAAAAGUUCACAAAAAAAACUGCGGUAAAUGUUUUCGUUUUAAACUUUUUCACCCAACUUUCCCAAUUUUUACGUUUAGCAUUUAUCCUCUAUCACUCCAUGUUUCCAAAUGUCACUUUUGAAACAACAAAAACAAUCCCAAAUCCAUUUGAAUGUCUCGGAAAAAGAUGCUCGUGCGAUAUGAGAGAGAGAGAGAGAGUCCUUUAAAAAAGAUCUAUUUACACAAUCACUAUCACUUAAGUAAGAAACAAUGAAAAAAAUAUCUCAAAUUCUAAGACGUUUUGCGAACAUUGAAGCAAAAAAAGAAGAAAAACUUUAAACCGCCGGAUUACAUUUUUGAAGCAAUUAUUCGAACUGUUUCUCAUAAAUAAAUAAAAAGUCAAAGCGACUAUGCGAAGACCGCUCCUCUCAAUUUUUUUACCCAAUUCUGAGGGGACAAUCUGUCAAUCGAGAGCGACCCUACCGAGAAAACAAAAACAAGAUCCAAACAAACAAUCUUUCAAAAGAACACAGAAACACACAAACAGACUAACUUUUGCCUCGAAAUUCUUUGAAAUGCACCUUUAAUGAUAAAAAAAACGUAUUGCACCAAAACACUGUCACAAAUCCAUACACAAAACACGAAAAAGUGCUGCUUUGAAUGCGCAAAUGAAAUAAACAAACAAACAAAUCUGCCAUCUUUUUUCCUAACAAAACCCAAAAUUGUUAAACAAUAGGCAGGACCGAGCAAAAUAAAAAAGCAGCAUCUGUAAUAACACUCCUUUUCAGCAGAUAUUUAAACAUUCAAAAAAAUACCAAAUUAGAGAAAAAUAAAAAAAAACUGUAAACAAAAGCGACAGGAACACUCACACUCACACUAAUAAAUGUUUUUCUCUUUCUCUUGCAAACAAAAGAAAACAUAUACCAAUGUAAUAAAAUCAACGUUGAAAACAUUUCAAGGUAUAGGCGUUAACUUAAUUUAGACACUCUCCUUAAGAAAAUGAUGCAAAAAAAAAGUUUAAAGAAAAACAACUUUUUGUUUUGUUUUCCUUAAAACCUUUGAGAAACAAAGUAAAUAAAAAAGAGUCACGCACAUGACAGUUCACAUUUCUCAAAUUGUAAACAGGCAAGCAAAAGUAAACGCAGCUCUCUCUUUUUUGAUUUAUUUUUGUUCACACGAAGAUACUGAAAAAACACAAACACAUACACACAAUUCUCACAAGCGACUUAGGAAUAUGAACCUUAUAUGGAACAACAUAUCAGUUUUUAUACCAGGUCUAGGAAAAGAGGAACCCACAAUUGGCCUCGCUCCCCUAGUGGCAGAGCUGUCAAAAGGCGCUGCACACACGCAGGGGCAGAACAAUGGAAAACAAGUGAGGUUAGGCGUAAAGCAAGCGAUGCGAACAAAGAAUCAAUCCUGUCGAACAAACAAUCAAUGAAAUCCCUCUCUGUAUCGUUUUUUGCAAAACAAAACAAUGGACUAAUAAAAACAACAAUCUAUCAGACAAGUCGAGUGACAUCCUCCUCCCCCCUCAAACAUCAUGGCUUUGUGUUUGCGAGUGCGCAAUUGUAGGCCCCUCCCCCCACACACUUUUUACUCAUCUUUAGAUAGGUAGAUCAAAUGACAGUUAAUCCCGCCCCUUCCCUCUUUUGAUUCUCUGACACAAAAUUUCAAACCGACCUUUUUUUCAAAAUUCCUAAGACGAUCAAAGUAGGUGUACCCCACAGAAGCAAAUUCGUACAUCGAAGAAUCAGUUCCGAUCCCCGCCCCCUAAAUAUUUCGGUUUAGUCCAACACAAAAUAAACCCAACAAAUCAGACAGUUGACAGUUUGAACAAAUAGGGAAAGAGUGAAAACAAAAGAAAAAGGAGAAAAAGAACAAUCCAACUACACAAACACACAUAGAUAAGUUCUAAAUAUUAUGAAUGGAAGGAUUUGACUGAGAACUUAGGAAAAACGGAAAGCAAACGAUUAAACCAAAAAAAAUGAAAACAAUAUAGAUAAGCUUACAUAACUAGCGGAAACAAAGGAAGUAAACAAACACGAAAGAAAAGCUUUAAGUUACGUUCCCUUCGUACAUAGGAAGAAAAGGUUAAAAAAAUGAUCCCCAAGCAAAAGAAUGAAAUGACAAACAGAGACACAAACACUAACACAAAACCACAGAAGAGUUUCAGCAAAGGCGAAAACCGGAAAUAGGAAGAUUCAAUAAACUGCAUAUGAAAAACCCCAAAAUAAAUAGGCUAAAAAAAAACAAACAAUACAAGUCAUCUCUGAAAAGACACACGUAACAAAAGACAAGAAAACGCAUCAUGUUAUUUAAUUUACUAAGUUGUAGAAUUUGUAUAAAAAUUAGCGAAAAUGAAGAGAAAAAAACAAUAAUUAUUAAUAAUUACCGAAAGGAAGUAAACAAAACGACAAAACAGCCACAUACAAACGGAACAAACUGACAAACCACAAACACUGUUAAAUUUAAAACAAACAAAAAAUCCCCGCAACAUGUUUUGCCAUACACAGAGAGAAAAAAAUACACAAUUGAAGCAUUUCAAGGCUGGACUAAACUUUCUUCUCAAAGUAGCGCGCAUAUUUAUGGCUAACAACAACAGAAAUUCAAACACACACACACACACACAUACACACACUGUUAGCGAAAAAAUAAAAACAAAAGCAGAACAAAGCAAAACAAAACCAAACCACACAAGGACUUUUUUCUUGUUAGCUGUAUAGGUUGAUGUUAUGUAAGUGAAAAGAAAAAGUAAACAAAAAAAAUCGUAUGAAAUUUAAAGAAACCAACACACGAAACAUUGUUUUAGUUCCUGUUUUGAUAUUGAUUUAUUUUUUCUGUUGCUGUAUGAGUAUAGUGGUUAAGCGGAGAUUAAAACAACAACAAAAAACGAUACAUUUAAAUCUAAGCAAAAUGAGGAAAAAAAUGUAUAUUUGAAGAAACAGAAAACUGCAGUUUUGUUGCUGAAAUAAAGAUUAAAAUUAUA